CAUAAAACUCCACAGCACUUCAUAUGCAUAUUGAUUAUAGUCAACAAUAUAAAAGAUGACAUGAUAAAUGAUUUUAUUGUCACCUGGAAAAAGGAUCAAGGUCUGUCACUAUCAGAAGAUGAACGGUUUCACAGUUAGACAUUGGAGUCUCCUCAUCUGCUCCAUUUCUGUCAUCUCAGCAGUGAAAUGGCCAAGGGGGACAUAUACUUUGGUUAAACCAAAGAGCGGAUGUCCCUCGGGGUGGCUGGAAGGAUGGCGAUACCAGGACAAUGAAGAUGAUUCUAACCAGAACCACAUAACAUACGGACAUCACUUCUUUGGCAUCAGUGGGUCCUCUCCCAGCAAUCUGAAUGUAUCUUACUGCAGCAAUGAUCUCGAUGGUUGUAAUUCCGAAGGACAUUGGCCUAGUGGGAACUACUGUAUUCUGAAGCAUGGAGACACAUGUCCUAUUGGAGCUUUCCGGAGUGGAAGCGUUUUUUGGGAUGACGAAGACAAUAGCAAUAUGAACCGUGCUGGAGGAGAACUACCGAGUGGAAGUUUUGGCAGGGAUACAAGAAUUAACUACUGUUGCAGAAAUGACGGUUCCUACUCAACAAGAAUUCGACUUCCAAAAACCAAGCCGUUUUAUCUGUUGAGAUAUACCAGUUACUGCCAACGUGUUGAGGGAAUGUACGUCAGAGGAGAAACCGUGUAUACUGAUGAUGAGGACGACAACAAUAUCAAUGGGGUGUCCGGAAGUCAUCCUUUCGGACCGGUUAGCGGAGGAAGUAACCACAAGCUUUACUAUUGUUAUUAUUGGUCAUAUUAAUAAAGCACUGUCUCAUGACAGUAAUAAUUCUGAACCAGAA